AUGUCAACAGUUCAAAUUACCCGUGAGUCCCAUGAGGACCCUUUCAAGUUCAGAGUGAAGUAUGAGGAGGCAAAUGAAAUCUUGGGGCCAAAUGAAACGCUCCCUGAGAACAAUCAGCUUCCAGUCUUGAAAUCCUCUUCUAAAAUCGCUAUUAUUGGAGGAGGGUUUGGAGGACUUGCAUGUGCCCUCUCCUGUAUCAGGGACUUGAAAGAGCAAGAUUUCACCAUUUUUGACAAACAUUCCAAUUUUGGGGGCACAUGGUAUUCUAACACUUAUCCCGGUUGUGCUUCUGAUAUCCCUGCAGUCUGGUACUCCUUUUUCAGUGAAUUAAACAACAAUUGGAGUGCUCUUAGACCACCUCAAUAUGAAAUGGAAGAGUAUAUCAUGGCUGUGGUAAACAAGUAUGGUUUAAAGUACCACGCAAGAUUUAGAACUUCUAUCGUUGAAUCGAAAUAUGACGAUAAAAAUGCUGACUGGACCAUAUAUGGAAGAGACUUGAACACUGGUCAACGUACUGAACAUAAGGCGAAGAUCUUGGUUAUGUCUCAAGGUGGAUUGGUCUACCCUAACCAAUUGAAGGCCCCAGGUUUGGAAAACUUCAAAGGUGACUACAUGCAUUCUGCCUUGUGGAAACAUGAUGUUUCUUUCAAGGGGAAAGAUGUUAUUAUUGUUGGUAAUGGAUGUUCCGCUAACCAAGUUGUCCCAGCACUUCUUGACAAUUAUGCACCAAAGUCAAUAACACAGGUGGUUCGUUCAAAGCAUUUCAUCAUGCCUCCAUUACCAAAAAUUGCCUAUUCUCUCUACCGUUUAUUGUCGUUUUCAAGAAUUGGAAUUAUCAUUGUGCGUUGGAUUAUUGCCACUGUUGCCGAAAUGAGAUAUCCAUUGUACAACGGGACUGGUAUCAUUCCAAGCAUUGUUCGUUGGAUUAACACCAGAAAUUCCAUUAAUUACAUGAAAAACACUACACCAAAGAAGUUCCAUGAUGUUGUGAUUCCAAAUUACAAAAUUGGUUGCAAGCGUAUUAUCUAUGAUUACACUUACUUGCCAUCUUUACAUGACCCACGUAUGGAUGUUACUGAUGAUACCAUUGAUCAUAUCGAAGAACACCACGUUGUUUUGAAGAGUGGUAGAAGACUUCACGCUGACGUCAUUGUUGCAUGCACCGGUUACGACUUGAACAAAUCUGUUCUGAGAUUCCUGGUUAUUGGUUCCAACGGAGUUAAAUUACAAGAUACUUGGGGUAAAGAAGGUGCUAGUGCCUACGAGACCAUUCUUGUCAAGUAUUGCCCUUUGUGCUUGGAGGUCCUAACUCAGCUACCGGUCAUUCUUCGGUUGUAUUGGCUUUGGAGAAUGGAUGUGCUUAUUUCACUAGAGUUGCAAAGAAGAUAUUGUCCGGAGAAUUUAAGUCAGUUCGUGUUGACCCAGAAAAGUAUGACGGCUGGAACACUAAAAUCCAAGCGAUAUUGAAAAAGCAGGUCUUUGGUACUCCGUUUGGUGGUUGUGUGUCCUGGUACACUGCAGAUGGUCGUAACGCUACCGCUUAUCCUUACUCACAAAUCACCUACUGGUGGAGAAUGAGACAUCCAAAGUGGAACGACCUUAUUGUGGAAAAGGAUGAAAAGAAGACUGUGUAG